CUCUCUCUCUCUCAGGGAAACAUCAGAAAAGCUCUGUCUCUCUCUCUCUCUCUCUCUCAUUAGCUAUGGCAAACGUCGUAAAAGCUAUUUCUCUCUCCUCUGUAUAGGCAAAACAUCUCUGUUUCCCUCUCCCCUGGAUAGGCAAAACAUCUCUCUCCUGUAUAGAAAACAUCAGGAAAGAUGAAAGCACUCUCUCUCCCCCUUAUUUAGCAGAGGCAAACAUCAGGAAAGCUCUCUCUCUCUCUCUCUCUCUCUCUUAUGCAGAGACCAACAUCAAGAUCUCACUCUGCAUAGGCAAAACAUCCGGAAAGCUUUAUCUCAUUAGCAGAGGCAAAGAACAGGAUCUCUCUCUCUCUCUCUCUCUCUCUGUAUUACUGAGGUUGCAGAGGCAAAGCAUGGACUUGUUGAGGUCAUGGGCUCUUCCUCUUCUCUCUGUUAUGUCUGCCUUCCUCAUAAUUUUCUACACCCAAACUUUCUCCAAGCCAACCGGUGGAGAGUGUAGCCUUCUUCCUCAUGACCACUUUUGGAUCUCUAGUCAAAGGAUUGUCACACCAGGAGGAGUCAGUGCUGGUGCAGUUGAGGUGAGAGAUGGAAAGAUAAUUUCUGUGGUCCAAAGGCCUCAAGAUGGUGCAAUUUUUAAAGAACCAAUGAUCGAUUAUGGAGAAGCUGUUAUCAUGCCUGGAUUGGUUGAUGUGCAUGCUCAUCUUGAUGAACCUGGAAGAGCUGAAUGGGAAGGAUUUGCAACAGGGACCAGGGCAGCUGCUGCAGGAGGCAUCACGACCCUGAUUGAUAUGCCCCUCAAUAGCUUCCCAACAACAACAACCGAAGAAGCACUGCAACUUAAGGUGGAGGCUGCACAAGCAAAAAUCUAUGUGGAUGUCGGAUUUUGGGGAGGGCUAGUGCCGGAGAAUGCCUUCAAUGCAACAGCUUUGGAUGGACUUCUAAAAGCAGGUGUUCUUGGGCUCAAGUCGUUUAUGUGUCCUUCAGGAAUAGCUGAUUUCCCAAUGACAAACACAAGUCAUAUCAAGGAAGCACUACCCAUACUAGCAAGGUACAGGAGACCUUUGCUUGUACAUGCAGAAAUCCAACCAGAUCAAUCAGAGUCCGGGUCCGAAAAACGACCACAACAUAAUAUGGAUGACCCUCGAUCUUACUCAACAUAUCUUAAGACAAGACCACCUUCUUGGGAGGAAGCAGCCAUUAGAGAGUUAUCAAUGGUGGCAGAAGAUACAAGAGAAAAUGGACUUGCACAAGGAGGUCACCUCCAUAUUGUUCAUUUGUCAGAUGCAAGAGUUUCACUAGACAUAAUAAAGGAGGCAAAGAGAAAUGGUGCCAGUCUGACUGUUGAAACUUGCCCACACUACCUGGCAUUUGCAGCAGAAGAGAUCCAGAGUGGGGACACCCGUUUCAAGUGUGCACCACCCAUACGUGAAGAAGCAAAUAGGAAAAUUUUGUGGGAGGCCCUCAAAGAAGGACAUAUUGACAUGCUAAGUUCAGAUCAUUCACCAUCGGUUCCUGAGCUCAAGCUUCUGGAUGAGGGUGACUUUUUGAGGGCAUGGGGUGGAAUAUCAUCUUUGCAGUUUGUUCUUCCUGCAACAUGGUCAUAUGGACGCGAACAUGGAAUUGCGUUGGAUCAAUUAGCAUCAUGGUGGAGCACAAGGCCUGCCAAGCUUGCUGGUCAAGAAUUCAAGGGAGCAAUAGCAAAGGGAAAUGAUGCAGAUAUUGUUGUAUGGGACCCAGACAUUGAUUUCACACUUGAUGAGAACUAUAACAUUUACCACAAACACCCGGUAACACCUUACAUGGGGAAGCAAAUGCACGGUAAAGUCUUGGCGACUUUUGUGAGAGGCAAUUUAGUUUACCGUGAAGGAGAGCAUGCUCCAGCUGCAUGUGGUAUUCCUAUCCUUGCAAAAUGAAAAUAUGCAGGUCUCCAAUCAGUGAGGCCAGUAACAACAUUUACCUCGGUACAACCAGGUACAGUGAAUCACCAUCCAUCCAUCAGCCAGAACUGACAGUAUAUGUAGCAUGGAGUACCUCGAACAUAUCAUAGUUCAUUAAACUACAGUGGACUUUCCCUUAAAUAUAUCCCAGUUGGACUCAUAGAUAUGAUAAAUGUCAGGACCAGGAACCGCAAUGAAAGGGGAAGCCAAAGAAUUGGGAAGCAUAACACAAAUGGAGAUGACAUAGUGAAGCUUGUGACUUGGAAAAUCUUCUAUAUAUUUUUUGAAGUCGUGAAUUCUCUAUCUACCAUUCCAGAAACAGUCAAAUACUUUGGCUCCUGAUGCUUUCUUUGUAUAUAUGUUUUAUUGUAAUAUUCUUAUUCUCAAGUAUGUAAAUGAAAUAGGAUUGUUUCCAAGUAUUACAGAAUGUCAGUGAUUUAGACAGAGUAUUACUGUUCCUUCUC